AUGGAAGAUUGCUCACCUCAAAAGGCCACACUGACCUUGCAGCUGACUAUUGCCGCCACCCUGGCGUCCCCACCCUCCUAUCAUGACUCCUGCGCUAGGGACCACACCCUCAGCCCCACUGACUCUAGUUCUGAGUCCCCCAGUCCACUUUGGGCCCCUCUGGGUCCUGAGUGCCUGGCCCCACUGUGCCAGGUGCCAGUGAGGGAAGGGGAUGGCCUCAGAGCCCCCCAUGAAGCCGAGACCAUAUACAAUGAGCCCCUGCUGGGAGCCAUCUUGUUGGACAGCUGUGCCUUAACAGCCAGAGAGGAGGGGGAGGAGCAAAAAGCAGCAGGGCAGGAGGAGGAGUGCCCCAUCUGCACCGAGCCCUAUGGGCUGCAGGAGCACUGCCUGGCCCUGCUGAACUGUGGCCAUGGCCUGUGUGAAGGCUGCCUGCAUCAGCUGCUGGGUACAGCCCCCAGUGCUGACCUGGGCCGUGUGCGCUGCCCACUCUGCCGCCAGAAGACGCCUAUGCUGGAGUGGGAGAUCUGCCGGCUGCAGGAGGAGCUGCUACAGGCCGAUGGGCCUGCACGCUCACUGCCCUGUGACACCCCCCUGCCCACUCGCCGUGGCCCUGGGCCCUGGGGCUUCCUGGAGCACCGUUACCAAAUGCGCUUCCUGAUGGGGCCGGGGGCUGGCCGGGGCUGCCUGCCCUUCCUGCCCUGCCCUCCCCAACUGGGUGCCUGGCUCUGGGCACUGCGGGAGCAUGGGCCCUGUGCCCGCCGCCUGGCACUACUGAGCCUGCUGGCCCUUGAGCUGCUGGGGCUGGGGCUCAUUGCCAUGCCACUUGUGCUGCUGGGGCUGCUCCUCGUGCUCCUGGACCGCUCCAGCCACUAGGCAGAACCCUGACUACCCUGCACGCCCACAUUGCCCACACCUGGGUGCUGUGGGGCCCAGGCUGAAAAAUCCAAGGUUAGACCCAGAACACCGGCUUUCAAUCAAGGCCUUCUGUCACUGAACCCAAGACUAGGGCUCAGGCCCACGUGGGAGCUGGCCCCUACCAGAGUCCGUGACUGCCCUGCUGCUAGGAUGCCAGCUGAGCCCAAGGACACUUGCCCCCAAGGACAGUUGCUGGAGGUGACCAGCCCAGCAGGAAGGUGUGCAAACAGGGCCCUGUGUACCUGGCAAUGCCGCUGGGCCACACCGCCUCCACGUGAGGCCCAGGCAAGCACAAUGAACACAAAGUGAACUGAGACCCAGUGUAAGCCUAUUUCUGGGAGAGGGCAGGGGCUGCAGACCCUCACCUGAGGAUACCAGGUGCAAACCCUAGCUCUGCCCUGCCUCCCUGCACAGCCUUAUGCCAAGCUUGAGAUUUUCAUUUGAAAAAGGGAUAUGUGCAGCCCACCUCAGAGGCUUGUUGGUGAUGUGGUGGGAGAUGAGAGUGUGGCCUGUGAGGGCUGCGACAAGAAUGGCUCAGUAAACAGCGGCUGCAGCAAGUACCCCUGUGGCUACAAUUGUCCUCAUUACCUGUCUUCACCAUCUGGGUGGGCUCUCCUCUGUGCCCCCUGCAAAGGUACCUUUUCCAAACCUAGUUGGUAUCCUCUUUCUCAUGCCAUGAUCUCAGCCAGCCUUGGUGUCAAGGCCAUCCCCACACAGCCUUAGAAGAACCAAGGAUGCGCAGGAUCAGUGUACCAGGAUGGAAUUCACAGAGCUGACCCUCACGCAGACAUACCCCGCCACACACAGUUGGCUGGUACAGAGGAUACGCCUUUUCUUUGCUGGCUGGGCUGGUUCUGCGUACCUGCCGUAGA